AGGGACAUAAUGAACUUAAAUAUAAAAAUGAAUGGAUUUGCAUUAAAUUAUCCUGUAACUCUCGGCUUAAAGAUUCCCAGGGUUAAAACUAGAGUAUUUUGUCUUUCUCCUUGGCGUCUUAUGCUUCAGGGUUUCUAGGAUUUUUUUUUUUUUUUUUUUUUAAACUAAUGGUUCUUUCUCUUCAUAAACCCUAGGCCCUUCUGGGGAAGUGAAGGGACUUGGCCGAGGUUCUGUAACACUUUGAUGUCAGAGCUGGGACUAGAGUCCUCAUCAGUUACCUCCUUGCCUGACCUCCUUUCCUCGCCAUGUAGGGGUUUUUGUGAUCAUUACAGUAUGUGUGCCAAAGGUCACAUAGGGGGAAAGGAGCUGAGAGACUAGGCUGAGAAAGGAAAACUGAGAGGGACUUGGCCAAGCUCCAAAGCCCGUGGGAACAGUUUCUGAGCCCAGAUGUCCCUUCAGGGGUUUUGCCUAGCGUGUCUCCAUUGCAGUGACUGGUGGCUGCUGGCGGUUCCUGCUGGCAGCACUGUCCUUAGGCAUACCCUGCUCUCCUGCCUGCGGCACUUCCUCCGCAGCUGUGCCUCUGACUUGGCCAUCCUGAUCCUUGCUCUUCAGUCGGGCUUGUCCCCAUCCUGACUACUAAGCACUUGAUGCUCUUUGUCCCUGAGAACACCUGCUUAUGUCUUGGAAACAAAUUGAAGACAUAGUCCUUACCCUGCUGGUGUUGGAGAUAGGUAGGUUGUGUGUAGGUGUGUGCGUGUGCAUGUGUGUGUGUGUAAAUGGAGACAGUAUAAAUACACACUAUUUUUUAUGUCUUAAGAAGAAUGUUUUGUGUUAAGAAAACAGAAAACAUGGUUUAAAUUUUACACUAUGUUGUAAGCACUUUACAUACAUUAUCUCAUGUAGCAACCUUCCACAGUAUGUGUUGUUCCCAUCUUAUAGAUGAGGCUUGGGGAAAUAGAAUAAUUUGCCUUUGUGGAGGAACCUGGAUUCUAACCCAGUCCACCCAGCUCUAGAGGCUGAGUGCUGUGCAUAGUGCUGCAUGGCCUGUGUGGGUUUUACUCUGAAAUAAUUAAGCAGAUUCACUCUGCCAAAGGUGGUAGCAUUGGAAAGCUGCAAGACUCCUUCUCUGGCUUUAGACUGUAGUUCCUGAGAGGGAACCUGCUGGUAAAAAGUGGUCAGAAAAUCUGGAAUCAAUGAGAACGGUACAGGUCUGGGUGAUUUUUGGUGCUAUGGCCACUUGAAGCAUAUUUUACCAGUUAGAAUUUCAGCUGGUUUUUGGUCCGAGGAUACUGCCUUACGAAAGAGGAGCAGAGCUGUAUCUCCCACUUGGGAAUGGAAUGGACAGGCUGAGGGCUGUAAGGGGAGGGAGAGUUUUGGACAAGGGAGUUACAGAUUGUUUUGACAUGGAAAACACCUUAGGCCAAGUCAGCUCCCUCAAAUUUUAAAAGCCUUCAUAAGCAAUGCCCAGAUAAUCAAAACAAAGUAAUUAUCUGGGUAAUUUAGACACUUAUUUCUCUCUUGCCUUGGCACGGGGGACCACGUCAUUCUGAUUGCAUGAGUCCUUUCCAAAGGAAUCCAGAAAUGAAAAGGUCAGUUAAUAUUAACGACAGCGUGUAGGGCUCCCUGCUCAGUGUGGAGUCUGCUGCUCCCUCUCCUCCUGCCCCUCCCCACCCGCUGAUGCCCUCUCUGUUUUUCUCUCUCUCCCUCUCUCCAAUAAAUAAAUAUAAUCUUUAAAAAAAAGUCAACAAAUCCCAUCUCUUACCCUGACAACAAGCUUGCUGAGACAUCUGUUCACCUGUUUGACCUUGGCUGGGGACUCCAGAGGUAGAUGUGAAGGAGCUUCUAACCCAGGGAGGGAAGAGCCCCAGCUGCAGUGGGGUCCUGGCCUUUUCUGUGUUGCUACCAUUUGGGCCUAAAAGCAACAGUUGUGGGGCCCAAGUAGCUAAAUGUAGGCUGGAGGUGGUGUCAUCCUUUUUGUACUUCUCUUCACAUCCUGCUCCCCCAGGGUGUGGGCCUUGCCCCAGUCCCUAGAUCUCCGUUUGUCACUUGGGUAGAAUAGUCCUGUGCAAGGGGUGAAUAGAGACCUCUCAUGAAGACUGAGGAGAAUGGAACAAUGGACCCCACUCUGUAGGACCUGGCAUGGGUGGGGGUUAAUUGCUUUAGAUUCCUAGACUUUUAGAGCCAAGACCUCAAGUUCUUUUCUUCACUCAAUUCUGAGGCCAAGAAGGGACGCAACUGAAGUGAAAGAAUGUAGCUAACGGACGUCACUGUCGGGUUGUCUUUCUUCCCAAGCCCUCAUUGCAUAUACAGUGACGACUCAAUUCAACUGUUGGAAAGGCUCAGAAAAGGCAAAAAUAUCCAUGGAAUUGGGGACCUUCAAUCCCACACGAAGGCUACCUAUGUUAGGGAAAGCCACGCUGUUAGCGUGACAGCAGAACACGUGCGGUCCCCAACGCGAGAAGGACCGAGGACAGGAGCUGGUGUGUGUGUACAGGCUUGGGGGAAGGAAGGGCUGUGUGGGGAGCAGGGCCCGCCUGAGGUCGGAGGGGGCGGGGCCGCGCGGGUGGAAUCCUUCCCGCCCGGCGGGAGGGCAGAGCUUUGGGUCACCAUGGAGAUAGUUUCUCCUAGCAACCUGGCGGGCGUUGAUCAGAGCCGCGGGCGCGAUGGACGCGGAAAGCCUCCUGCUGUCGCUGGAGCUGGCGUCCGGCAGCGGGCAGGGGCUCAGCCCCGACCGUAGGGCCUCGUUGCUCACCUCCCUUAUGCUGGUGAAGCGCGACUACCGCUACGAUCGGGUCCUCUUCUGGGGCCGCAUCCUCGGCCUUGUCGCCGAUUACUACAUCGCGCAGGGCCUGAGUGAGGACCAGCUCGCACCACGCAAGACUCUUUACAGAAGGGGCCGUGGCAGGAAGCUUGGAAACCAGGAUCCUGGGGAUGUCGUUGGCAGUCUGAACUGCAUGGAGUGGAGCCUCCUGCCCCCUGCCACGGAGGAGAUGGUGGUGCAGACGUCUGUGGUGAAAGGCCGCUUCAUGGGGGACCCCUCACAUGAGUAUGAACACACCGAGCUGCAGAAGAUGAGUGAAGGCGAGAAGGUCUUUGAGGAAGAAGUAGUGGUCCAGAUCAAGGAAGAGACCCGCUUGGUGUCUGUCAUCGACCAGAUUGACAAGGCUGUAGCGGUCAUCCCCCGAGGAGCCCUUUUCAAGACCCCUUUUGGACCUAUUCAUGUCAAUCGGACCUUUGAAGGACUGUCCUUGUCUGAAGCCAAGAAGCUUAGUUCCUACUUCCACUUCAGGGAGCCUGUUGAGUUGAAGAACAAGACCUUGCUUGAGAAGGCUGACCUGGACCCCUCCCUGGACUUCAUGGACCCCUUAGAGCAUGACAUCCCCAAAGGGUCCUGGAGCAUCCAGAUGGAGAGGGGCAACGCCUUGGUGGUGCUGCGCAGCCUGCUCUGGCCGGGCCUCACCUUCUUCCACGCUCCCCGCACCAAGAACUAUGGCUAUAUCUACGUGGGCACCGGUGAGAAGAACAUAGACCUCCCCUUCAUGCUGUAGGAAGGGGGCCAGAUGGGCCUGUGUAGGAAGCAUCUACAAUUUACUUUCAUAAAUGGCUGUGAACUUGG